GUACUUACAUUUGGUUUCAAGCAAAGAUCAGUUGAUGACUACCGGUAGUACAGUUAAGUGGUAAAGAAGUUGAAAAUGACUCUUGGAGGAAGAGUUUUUUUAUUUGUGUUUCUUUUAAAUUUCCUACCAAAAGUAUUAUUUGCAAAUGUAGCUGAUAUAGCAGGAAUUUGCCCAACUAUGAAAAUUGCUGGCAGUGUUACACAAACUGAACUUUUACAAGAAUUAACCCAUGAUUGUCGUUACGAUAAAAUGGCUAGACCACCGGGUCAAAUUAAUUCUUCUGAUCCUAUAAAAGUUUAUACAAGAGUAUACAUAUAUAUACUUAGAUCAAAUAUGGCUAAGACCUUGCAAUUUGGUGUAAAUAUGAUGUUACAAUUUCGAUAUGUGGAUAAACGAUUGGAAUUCUCAGAUAUUGCACCAAAUUUAACUCAAAUAUAUGGCGGAAAAGUGGCACAUGAUCUAAUUUGGACACCUUCCGUGUAUGUAGCUAACGAACGAAGUUCUGCUGUUGUGGGAAAUAGUGUUAAAGAUUUGCUAAUCUCCAUUAAUCCAGCCGGAAUGGUCGUUUUGAAUACCAGAAUGGAGGCAAUUCUUAAUUGUGGACUUCGUUUAGAAAAAUUCCCAUUUGAUGUACAGGAGUGCCCACUAGCUUUUGAAAGCUGGACAUACAAUGUACAAGAUAUGGAACUGGUUUGGGAUGAUGAACCAAUUGUGCUUGCUGAUGAGUUACAUUUAACCGAGUAUAAACUUGUAGAAAAAUGGGUAAACCAGUCUCAAGUUUCAUAUACCACUGCACAACAGCAUUACGGUCAUUUUGCUGGUAAUUUCAGCUCAAUUACCAUAACAUUUAAGUUAGCUCGUGAAAUGGGAUUCUUCAUGAUGGAUUAUUAUAUACCAUCCAUAUUAAUUGUUGUUAUAUCUUGGGUAUCCUUUUGGUUACACAUGGAUGCAGGUCCUCCUCGAAUUGUUUUAGGAACAAAUACGAUAUUGACAUUUAUGACUCUUGCAUCUAAAGUAGAAAAUUCUUUACCAAAGGUAUCUUAUAUAAAAGCCAGUGAGAUUUGGUUUCUUGGUUGUACAAUAUUCUUAUUCUCAGCUAUGGUUGAAUUUGCAUUCGUAAAUACGAUUUACAGAAGAAAAAAAAAUGUGCCAUUAAAAAAGGUGAACAGCAAGUAUAUACUUAAAUCCACUUUAACUCCAAAAUUAGCAAGGAAACAAUUUCAAAAGAAUACGGUAGGUUUAGAACGAUCGCGUUCUUGGUCUUCGCUCGACAAUGGUACUAUCAACGAACAAGAUUAUUCAAGCCAAAAUUACCUCACUGUACACAGCUUUCCGAGUACAAUCAAUAUACCUUCGGUAAAGAUCGAGGAAGAUAAGGAUCAAGAAUGUUCCGUGGGGAGCAUCAUGACGAUCGACAGUACUCCACCGCCGAAACCUUUUACAAGACGGCCGACCCUAGCACAAUUACACAAUUUCACAACUAUGACGCCCCAAGAAAUAGCUCAAUGGAUCGACCGACGAAGUAGAAUAGUCUUUCCUGUGGCGUUCAUCAUAUUUAAUAUUCUAUAUUGGUCUUUUAUUUGGAUUUAAAUAUCUAAUAUUUUCUCAUUGCCUGUAAUUGUUUUAAGAAAUACAAAGAAACGCGAAAGAUUGUUCUUCAAAAGUUGUCUCGUCUUAUAAAAAAUGAUGAGUCGCCGAUAAUAGGGAUGUGAAAAUAUGAAGUAUAAUAUGCAUUACAAAAAUAAUUUACAUACACAUAUUUUGUUAUCAAAUCUAAGCUAUCCGGUAGAAUUUAAAUUGUUAGAUCUUAUCAAUACGUAUAUUGUUUAAUUUGCUAUAUAACAGCUGUUAUUAAACUUA